AUGGCGGAAAAGUCGCAGGACCUCAGCAAGCAGGAGAAGGCCAUCAUCGACAACGAGGAUGACCAACUCAAGCCAACCCUGACCACGAAUGUUGGUCAGGUUGAAGAGCUGGACGAAGCAGGCAUCUUCCUGCGAGAGCACAACUUCUCUCAAGCAUACCUGGCCGAGCUCCUCGAGGACAAAGAGCUCAACAAGAAAAUCAUCCGCCGCAUCGAUUGGACCCUCAUGCCUCUGCUUUGCGGCACCUAUUUCCUGCAGUAUAUUGACAAGCAGGCUCUCAGCUACUCGGCGGUCUACGACCUAUUUCCCAGCACCAACAUGUCAUCCAACCAAUACUCCUGGUUAGCCAGCAUCUUCUACUUUGCCUACCUGGUUGCCGAAUGGCCAGCGAGUUAUCUGGCGCAGCACUACCCGACAGGUCGCGUCGUCGCCUGUUUCGUCUUCAUCUGGGGCUCGAUCAUGCUCAUUACCGCCUCCUGUCACAAUUUCACGGGCAUGGCGAUCUGUCGAUUCCUCCUCGGAGUCUUCGAGUCGGUCAUCACCCCCUGCUUCAUGAUGAUCGUGAGCAUGUGGUACGUUAAGGCCGAGCAGCCGAGCCGCGCAGGCACGUUCUACUGCUUCAACGGCGUCGGAUCCAUGACGGGUGGGAUUCUCUUCUACGCCGUCGGACACGCCAAGGGUUUCCCCAUCUGGAAGAUCAUCUUCGUCCUCUGCGGCGGCGUCACCGUCCUCUGGGGCAUCUUACUCUUCUUCUACCUUCCCAGCAGCAUCAUGUCGUCCAGGGCGUUCAACCCGGAACAAAAAGCGCUUCUGAUCGCCCGAAGUCAGACCAACCGCACGGGCGUCUACAACCGCAAGAUCAAGUGGUCGCAAAUCGUCGAGGCAUUGAGUGACCCGCAGGUCUGGAUGUUAUUCUUCUUCACACUGCUGAAUGAAAUCAUCAACGGCGGCAUCGCGAAUUUCGGCAAACUCAUCGUCAAGGGCGUUGCAGGCGGUGAUCCACUGCUUGCAACGGCAUAUGGGAUCCCUCAGGGCGCGUUCCAGGUCGUCUUCGUUUUCUCCGGUCCAUGGCUGGCUUCCAAGUUCAAGAACUCCCGCACCAUCAUCAUGGCCCUCUACCUUUGCCCGACAAUCAUCGGCGCCACCAUCAUGUGGCAAAUGCCUCGAUCCAACAAAGUCGGCUGCCUCCUCGGCUAUUACAUCACCGGCAGCUUCGUCGCCUCACUCGUCCUCGCGCUCCAACUGCCCGCGACCAACGUCGGUGGCUACACGAAGCGCGUGACCGCCACAGCGUUCGUGUUCCUCGCGUACUGCGUCGGCAACAUAAUCGGGCCGCACGCCUUCCUUGCCAAAGAGGCCCCCAUCUACCAGACCGGCUGCAAGCUGAUCCUGGCCUGUGCGGCGGGCCAGAUCGCGCUCGCGCUCGGCCUGCGCGCUCUGCUCAUCUGGCGCAAUCGCCAGCGUGACAAUCUUGCUGUAGAGGCCCAAGGCUCCAUCAAUCUGGAUAUCGAGGCCGAUGAUGCCGACUUGCUCAAUGAUUUGACCGACUUCCAGAACCCGAAGUUCCGGUAUGCUUCUUAG